AUGACUUCUAUGAUCACGGCGACGGCAUGGGUCCCUCGUGGACAUGCUGCCGCGUUUCCGACCAAGUACAACAUGGACGAUGAAGAGUAUGCACGAAUCGCAAAAUUGGCAAAAUUGGAGCUUGAUGAGGCGAAGGGGGAUUUGGAGAAGGCAAGAGAUGCGCUGAACAAAGUCAACAUGGGCGAUACGGAAGACGCAGACAAUGGCGCAGAGAAGGAGUCGGACUCAGAAGAGAGCGGCGACGAUGAGGAUGGUGAUAACGACAUUGCUAAGGACGAUGACCUCGCCGAGUACGAUAUGGAUCACUACGACGAUGAGCCUGAUGUGCCUGCCGAGGACGACGGCGAGCCUGCAGGAGGGAUUUUCAGUAACAUAAAGUCGCUUGCAUACCACGCAGACAACAGUGAAGAUCCAUAUCUUACUUUGCCUGAGGGCGAAGUGUCAGACGAUGAAGAACGAGAAGAGCUUCAGAUAUUGCCCACGGACAAUGUGGUAUUAGCAGCAAGGAUAGAAGAUGAAGUCGCACACCUGGAAGUAUAUGUCUAUGAAGACGAAGCGGACAAUCUCUACGUGCACCACGAUGUAAUGCUGCCCGCAGUGCCGCUGUGCGUUGAAUGGGUUGGCACGCGAGUGGGUCAAGCAGACGCUGCAGAGGGUGGAAACUUUGCAGCAGUUGGCACUAUGGACCCCGAGAUUGAGCUGUGGGAUCUGGACAUCGUCGAUUGCAUGUAUCCAAAUGCUGUAUUGGGCCAGAACUCGCAACCGCAAGCACCAGAGCCGAUCACUACGAAAAAGAAAAAGAAGAGCAAGAAGUCCAACGAUGCGUACCACGUCGACUCUGUUCUGUCGCUUGCUGCCAAUAGGCAACAUCGAAAUCUACUUGCUUCUGCUUCCGCGGACAAGACAGUGAAGCUGUGGGAUCUGAACACUUGCACAGCUGCUCAUUCUUACGCACACCAUACCGACAAAGUCUGCGCUUUAGCCUGGCAUCCUUCGCAGACAUCGGUGCUACUUUCCGGAAGCUACGAUCGCACGAUUGUUGCAGCCGACAUGCGCGCGCCGGAUACGAAGGUGCCUAGAUGGGGUGUCGAAAGCGAUGUCGAACAGCUGCGGUGGGAUCCGCAUGAUGACAAUCAUUUCUAUGUCAGUACUGAAAACGGUGUCUUGCACUGUUUUGAUGCAAGACAACUGCCUCCAACCCCAGAGAAGAGCAAGGCCGUGUGGCGACUGCAGGCGCACGAAAAGGAGCUCUCGUCAUUUUCGAUCAACCCUGCUGUGCCUGGGUUCAUCGCCACAGCAUCUACAGAUCGUACUGUCAAGCUCUGGAAUGUUACCGAAAAGGGCCCAAGCAUGGUAGUCUCUCGUGACUUGGAGGUGGGGAAAGUAUUUUCCGCCAAUUUCGCACCGGACAAUGAAAUUGCUUUCAGACUUGCGGUGGCGGGCAGCAAAGGUGCUGUCCAGGUUUGGGACACUAGUACGAAUAAGGCCGUACGAGAAGUAUUUGCUGGUCGUGUGAAGAUGCCCGAAGGCGAUGUGAAAGAGAGACUUGUUGGCAUUGAACAGGACGAUGAAGUUGAGGAGGAUGAGGCAGAAGCAGAGGAGAAUGGCGGCGAAGGCGGAUGGGAAUCAAUGGACGAAGAUUGAAGUGUGACACUGGAAUUGAAGACUUGACUUCCGUAUAGAAUGUCCCGGGAUCUCUGGCAAGUUGGAACCGUCGAAGCACAGUAUGGACAGCAGCUUUGUGCCGCAAAGAGUUCUCACCCAACCAAUCGACUGGCGAUCAUCUGACGCUCAUUCUACAAGAGACUUCUGCACAGCGAGAUUAGCAUGGCUCAUGAGUGCCGGAAGGCCUAGAAAUAAGCGUCGAUGGAGCUGAGCCAAGCCGUCCAAAACAACCGUGCCGAGACAGAGACAAGCUCUCUCGUGCAGACUGCCCCAUGGCGGACAUGGCAAUGUUCGAAGCUUACCCAAGCCGCAAGCUGCUGGAUCCGAACGGGUUGCAGCGCAUUACCUCUUCAGAUCGCGAGGGCUUUGGCAAGUAUCACGAUCAGUAUCGUCAUCUAUGUAAACUAUAAUACAAAGACGGUCCGAGGAG